AUGGAGUCCGAGGCUUUUGAGGACAUGCAGAAGGGCGGCGGAACCCUCCGCAUGGUCAAGGAUUUGGGCGCCGGUGCUGCUGGUGGAAUUGCCCAGGUGCUUCUCGGACAACCUUUCGACAUUGUCAAGGUUCGCCUGCAAACCACCACCCAGUACUCCAAUGCCUUGGACUGUGCCACCAAGAUCUUCAAGAACGAAGGCCCCUUUGCCUUCUACAAGGGUACCUUGACUCCGUUGAUCGGAAUCGGUGCCUGCGUCAGUGUACAAUUCGGAGCUUUCCACGAAGCCCGUAGACGUCUGGAGAAGCUCAACAAGAAGAAAUACGCCGACAGCACUCUCUCUUACUCCCAGUACUACCUGGCCGGCAGUUUCGCCGGUCUCACCAACUCCGUGCUCUCGGGACCCAUCGAGCACGUCCGUAUCCGUCUGCAAACCCAACCCCACGGCGCAGACCGUCUGUACAACGGCCCCAUCGACUGCAUCCGCAAGCUCUGCAAUCAAGGCGGCGUCCUCAAGGGUCUCUUCCGCGGCCAGAACGUCACGUACCUCCGUGAAGCCCAGGCCUACGGAACCUGGUUCUUGGCGUUCGAGUACCUGAUGAACCAAGAUGCCAAGCGCAACAACAUCAAGCGUGAGGAUAUCUCCAGCAUCAAGGUCGCGACGUAUGGUGGUUUGGCGGGUGAGGCUCUCUGGUUGAGCAGUUACCCCUUUGAUGUCGUCAAGAGUAAGAUGCAGUGUGAUGGUUUCGGCGCUCAGCAGCAGUUCAAGAGCAUGACCGAUUGCUUCAAGAAGACUUAUGCCGCGGAGGGUUUCGCCGGCUUCUGGAAGGGUAUCGGUCCUACUUUGCUUAGGGCUAUGCCUGUGUCUGCGGGCACUUUUGCUGUCGUCGAGCUCACCAUGAGAGCCCUUGGUUGA